UGUCGCUACAUUGGUUUCUCACAGCCUGCUGUCAGAUUACCGGGCACCAGGUUAACUAUGGCGUAUUUAUAACAGCAGUGACGGGGAAACGUAGCAUUACCUCUGGCUAAACACAAAGUAAUACAGUCAAGCAGUUGGUUGACGUUUCACACAGACAGGACAACGGGGACACGUAACGUGUUAGUGGAAGUAACGCAACGGACGAGGGCUUAACUCUCACGGGUCCAUAUCAAAUGUGACUGAAGCCGACAGCAGGUUUCUCAGACGUGUUCCUUGUUUAACACAUCUGCGUGGAGCAGGGACAGAGGAGCAUGGCUACAUCCCAAGUAGAGUACACCAUUGGCGGGGUGAAGAUCCACUUCCCCUGCAAGGCGUACCCGUCCCAGCUGGCUAUGAUGAAUUCAAUCAUACGAGGACUGAACUCUGGGCAACACUGUUUGCUGGAGAGUCCCACAGGAAGUGGAAAGAGCUUGGCUUUGCUCUGCGCCACUCUGGGCUGGCAGCAGGCUCAGUUUGAUAAACCCAAAGAGGGAGGAAGCCCUUUGGAGGACAAGAGCCAGUCGGAUAAAACCUGUGGCGACAAUAAGAAGUCUGAUGUCUACACGCCCUGUCAGUGUGUGUGCCACAGCAAAGUCUGCAGUACCGCAGCAAACAGCCAAACAGCAGCCAAACCUGCUGUGAUUGACCUCACAGUGUCACCCUGCAAAGAGUUCAGACAGCCGCUGCCUCCAGCUCCUGAACAGAUGCCAUCACCUGAGGGGUUGCAGCCCAAGUCUAUCGCCUCUCGUCUGUCUGAGAAGUGCCAGUCUAGCUUCAGCCCUAACCGCGAGAAGGACGACGACGACGACUUUCAGCCAGACAAGAAACGCAAGCAGCGUAAAAGGCAGCGUCUGGAGAAGAGAGUGAUCAACAUCGAUGAUGAGCUGGAAAAUGAGCCUCCGAGUUGUUCCACGGAGCCAAACGCCCAAGCAGCGGGUCAGUCCUCAUCAUGCUGCCCCCCUGAACCCUGCUCCCGCUGCCCGUGUCCUCCAGCUAAAGACGGUAUGAAGGACAAAGAGGGUGACAGAAAAAAGAAGAUUCCCAAGAUCUUCUUUGGCACUCGCACACAUAAACAGAUAACUCAGAUCACCCACGAGCUGAAGCGAACUGUUUACUCCGGAGUGCCAAUGACCAUCUUAUCCAGUAGAGGUCACACAUGUGUCAACGUAGAGGUGGCGCCUCACUUCAACCGCAAUGAACGCUGCAAGGAUCUGCUGCAGGCCAAAGAUGGCAAGUCAUGCCGCUACUACCAUGGUGUCCAGAGGAUGCGGGACCAGCGCACACUACAGCGGGUCCACGGACUGAAAGACGCCUGGGACAUUGAGGACUUUGUCGCACUGGGCAAGCGGAUCCGGUCAUGCUCCUACUAUGCUGCCCGAGAACUCAUGCAGGAAGCCUCCAUCAUCUUCUGUCCAUAUAACUACCUGCUGGACCCAAUGAUCAGAGAGAGUAUGGAGAUCAACCUGGAAGGCCAGAUCGUGGUGCUGGACGAAGCCCACAACAUUGAGGACUGUGCCAGGGAGAGUGCCAGCUACACUUUGGAUCACCACAGUCUGCUGAUGACCAGGGAUGAGCUUGACAGCAUGGUCAACAACAACAUCAGGCGAUCCAAACAUGAGUCACUUAGGGACUUCUGCUACAGCCUGAUCAACUGGAUCCAGGAGAGCCACGGCCUGAUGUCUGAACGGGGAUACGAGAGCUCCUGUAAAGUCUGGAAUGGAAAGGAUGUACUGGGCAUCUUUCACAACAUGGGCAUCACUGCUGACACCUUCAAGAAUCUGAAGAAAAACCUGGCAGCAGUGUUGGAGAAAGAGGAGCGUUGUCUCAUCAAUGGUAAAGAGGAGGCGGUUCAGGUCCAAACCAUCAGCUCGGCAGCCGUCAUUGUCCUGAAAAAUCUCUUCAUGGUGCUGGGCUUCAUCUACUCCUCUGAGGACAAUUGCAGGGUUGCUGAAGACUACCGGAUAGCGCUGCAGAAGAGCUACGCUUGGACGAACCAGGUCCCACCUGAUACGCCUGAUGCCCAGGGCUUUGUUCGGCCACACCCCAGGCAACGCCACAGCGCCCGAGUCAAGACAGAAGUCCUCACACUCAGCUUCUGGUGCCUCAACCCCGCUGUGGCUUUCUCCGACUUCCGUAAGUUGGUGCACAGCAUUGUGCUGACAUCAGGAACUUUGUCUCCCAUGGGCUCCUUCUCCUCUGAACUUGGGGUGAAAUUCUCCAUCCAGCUGGAGGCCAACCAUGUUAUCAACAAGUCCCAGGUUUGGGUGGGCACUGUUGGUGAAGGACCCCAGGGCAGAAAACUCUGUGCCACCUUCCAACAUACUGAAACGUAUGCCUUCCAGGACGAGGUGGGGGCGCUGCUGCUCAAAGUCUGCCAGGUCGUGGCCAAGGGGGUGCUCUGCUUUUUGCCUUCCUACAAGAUGCUGGACAAGCUGCGAGAGCGAUGGACCAACACUGGUCUCUGGAAGAAGCUGGAACAACGGAAAGCUGUAAUCACAGAGCCCCGCGGUGGUGGCAAAGGAGAUUUUGACGAACUGCUUCAGAAGUACUACGAUGCCAUCACGUGCUGUGAGGAAGAACGAGAUGGAGCAUUGCUGAUCGCUGUCUGUCGGGGGAAAGUGAGUGAAGGACUAGACUUCACUGAUGACAAUGCCAGGGCCGUGAUCACCAUUGGAAUUCCCUUCCCAAACAUCAAAGACCUCCAAGUGGAACUGAAGAUGAAGUACAAUGACCAACACUGCAAUUCCAGGGGUCUUCUCUCAGGCCAUCGCUGGUACGAGAUUCAGGCCUACAGAGCUCUAAACCAGGCCCUGGGAAGGUGUAUCCGCCACAAGAAUGACUGGGGUGCCCUAAUUCUUGUAGAUGAGCGUUACUGGAAUAAUCCCAAUAAGUACAUCACAGGUCUGUCGAAAUGGGUCCGCCAGCUCGUCCAGCAUCAUGGCUCCUUUAACGAUGCCAUGCAGUCUCUGGUAGCAUUUUCUCAGGUGCAGCAGAAGGUGUGGGCGUGUCCUGCAGACAGUCAGGCUCUCAGCUCUACUAUCUCAUCUCCAAACAGGAAACAGGGUCUGCCCAAUGCCUCAGACCCCCAGACACCCCACUCAUGUGUCAAACCGCCUGAAUCCCAGCAGGACUCAAGCCCCUCGGCCAUCCACUUCUUUUCGAGUACACAGUUGAAAGCGGAGCAAAGGGGAAAAGCAGAGCGGUUGUACCCGAUGCCCAGUCCCCCAGCAACAGCUAAGCCUAUGUACAAGAUGUUCAACUUCAGCACCUGCUUCAAGAAGUCAAUCUGUAAAGAAAAAGCAGCCGGUAAUUCCAUCCAGCACUUGGACACAUCGAAUCACUCUGACCACCAGGACAAAUGGCAGAUCUCCACUCCACAAGCAAAGACUGAAGCAACUUGUCUGAAGCAAGGGGCGGGAGACGGGUCCAUUGAAGUGGGGGCUGCUCCAGAGACAACCCCUCCCAGCUGUGAGAGGGAACUGCUGUCAAAAGACAAUCCUGACAAAGCUGAAAAGGAUGAAGAAGAGGAGGAGGAGGAGGAGGAGGGUGAGGCGGACGAAACUGUCUUCUUUACUCCAGAACUUUUCGAUUGUGAAGACAACGUAGGCAGCCCAGAGAAAGAGAUGCAGACCAAGUCACCUCCCAGGAUGCUUUUGGGGACAGAGAGCCCGAUCGUGCUGUCGGAAGAACUUUUUGGCUCCGAGUGGGCCCUCGGGCUAGCCUCUGCUUUUGAUGGACAGAGUGCUAUUUCAGUCAGAAAGGAGAGCACAGAGCUGUCACAGACACAGCCAGGUGAACGUAUAAUACAGAAGCACAAGGAGGAGGGGGAGCAGGUGGAUAACCAGAGCAGGCAGACGGGCAGUAAGCUUCGCAGGUUGUCCAGGUCCAGAAAGCCAGCUGCCUCUACUCCAACAGGUGGAGCCAAGAGUGAAGGGAAAGUCAGUCUUCAGCAGGUUGAGACCAGGAGCAGCCGGAGGAGGACUGACGAGGCCAGACCAGAUCAUGAGUUAAAGGGGACGAAGGUGGCUUUGAAUAGCAGACCGGCCAGACUAGUAAGAGGAUCCAGCUCCAAAAUAGAGAAUGUUUAUUCAGCCCCAAGAGUGACUGAGUCAGGAAGGUCCCCUGUGGAAGUGAGGGGACACAAAGCUCUUAAGACAGUGCCUGCCACACCGGGUAGUUCCACGAGGACUGAGAUUGACGAUGUGUUUACAAAACAAGACGACAUAGGGGAGGUGCACGAAGCCGGAGCAGCACGACAUAGUCCUACUCGUCCAGCCGUGGACGGUCCAGGAUCUCAACACACCAGAGCAAGAGCUAUUAAAGUACAGAGAUCUUGCAGGCAGAAAAGUAGGAGAUACAACAAGACCUCCCCCAAAAGAAAGAUAACCAAAGACCACCAGCCAUGCUCUUUGGGCCUAUACUGUUCUCUGUGUGAGAAGGAGCUACUUCCUGUGGCACAUGGUGCACUGCGAAGUGCCGUUUGUGAAUUUGAACAUCUUUCUUUUCUGAGAAAAGACCGAUUCAGUCCCCAAACGUCGACCCGCCGCUGCCAGUGUGCAGCACAUCAGCCAUCAAUUUUAGACAAGUCGGGCUCACUGCUGCUGGUCCAAAGUCUCGCAUCAAUGAAGGCCCUGAGGACUGCUCUGCAACCCUACUGUGAGAGCAGUUUAACUGCAUACAAUGCCAUCUGGAAUCCCGAGGAGGGCUCCGUUACCAGAUUUCUGCAGUGCAAAGGCUGUUUGUCUCAGAGCCCCUUUCUGUCUGCGGCGUUAAUUGCUGCAGAGAUCCAGUGCCCUCGAGACAUGGCUCAAGAUCAGCCACAGUUGCACGAGGAAUGGCCUUCAGCUUGGUCCACCACUUUGGUCCAGAGUCAAAGAUCUCCACAACCAUUGGAUGGAUUGCUUUGAAAUUUGUGGCCGAUAACCAACUUGCCUACAGAAUGAAUCCUCCUGAACCCAUAAUGUUUUCAUGCAGGUUUAACACUUGACUUACACAUUGAAAUAUCUCUACAUAUUAGAUUAGUACACAUUUUAAGA